GAGAGAGAGAGAGAGAGAGAGAGAGAGAGAUUAGUAUAGCUUUUGUUUCCAGAUUCUUUCCACUCUCGAUGUGAUGAUAUCAAGAAUUGGUCGACAUCAGAAUCUGAUGUCGCUUGGAUUUCGUCAUUGUUACAUUGGGCCUUCACUUAAAUAUGCAUUUUAUAAUGCUACUACGCAUGAUUAUGGGUUUGACUCUUUGUUUUUGGUAUCAAUAUGUUGUCAUAUUCAUUAACUUCAUGGGUUCUAAUUAACUAUAAUUAAUUAUUAGUCUUCUCUGUUCUUCGUAUGUUGUAAUGUGAAAUAUUGUUUUGCUCGCUAUCCUCGUGUAGUAGUUGUGGGAUGCAUGUCCCUGUUAUACUUCUCUGUUUUCGCCAAUCUUUAAAUAUCUACUUCAUGUUUCAAACUCUAAACUCACUCUUGAAUUGAGUUUCUACUAUCUUGCUUUGUUGUAAGAUGGACUCAAGAAGAAGUAAACUCUGUGGUGAAACAGCUUGUGGGUUUUCAACUUCUCCAAGUGAUGCUAAAGAACGAGCUGCUUCGAUGCAAAAGCUCUGUUGCGUUGCGGUGUUAGGUCUCUUGUUCAUGAGCAUAGAAGUUGUUGGUGGCCUUAAGGCUAAUAGUUUGGCUAUACUAACAGAUGCAGCUCAUUUGCUCACUGAUGUUGGUGCUUUUGCUAUCUCUAUGCUCUCCUUAUGGGCUUCUUCUUGGGAAGCGAAUCCCCGACAGAGUUACGGCUUCUUCAGGAUUGAGAUUUUGGGUGCUCUUCUCUCAAUCCAGCUCAUUUGGCUACUCACUGGGGUUUUGGUCUAUGAAGCCGUAACUAGACUCGUUCAAGAGACUAAUGAUGAUGUUGAUGGUUUCUUUAUGGUUCUUGUUGCUUCUUUUGGUUUAGUUGUAAAUAUCAUAAUGAUUUUUGUGCUUGGACAUGAUCAUGGCCAUAGUCAUAGUAAUACUCAUGUGCAUGGUCAUGGUCAUAGUCAUGAUCAUGGUUAUAGUCAUACUCAUGUGCAUGGCCAUAGUCAUGGUCAUAGUUAUAGUCAUGGUCAUGGUCAUGGUGAUGGGGAAAAAGCUGAGCUAUUACUGGAGAAAUCAAGGAAAGGGAGGAACAUUAAUGUGCAAGGGGCUUAUCUUCAUGUUCUUGGGGAUUUAAUCCAGAGCAUUGGGGUGAUGAUUGGAGGGGGUCUGAUUUGGUAUGACCCUAAAUGGAAAGUAAUUGACUUGAUCUGCACGUUAGUCUUUUCGGUUAUUGUUUUAGGGACGACCAUUAAGAUGAUUCGAAGCAUACUUGAAGUUUUAAUGGAGAGCACACCGAGAGAGAUCGAUGCGAAGCUACUCGAAAAGGGAUUGAUGCAAAUCGAAGAAGUGGUCGGUGUUCAUGAGCUGCACAUUUGGGCAAUUACAGUUGGAAAAACUCUGGUUUCUUGUCAUGUCAAGAUUAGACCAGAAGCUGAUGAUGAUACGGUUCUUAACAAAGUGAUCGAUUACAUAUGGAGAGAGUUCCAUAUCAGUCACGUCACGAUACAAAUCGAGCGUUAAAACAACAAAAGGGGUUAAUUUCUCUGGUUUCCUGUCAUUUUCAUGAUCGAAGUUCAAUCUUUUUUCGCUUUCUCGUGUGAUAUCCAUUACAUUGUUGUGACAU